AUGCCGACGACGUACGAGCCCAGCCGCAAGAAUGUCUUCUCGGGACCCAACUCGCUGGUCGACUACUUCAACCCGGACAAGAACCCGCCGCUGCCCAUGGUCGAGCUGCCGAGGGAGCUCAACCCCUUUUACGACGACAAUGUCCGCGUCUACGCAAAGAUGCUGACGGCGCUGCCCGCCACCAAUGUCAAGAGCCUGCCGGCGCUGAGCCUGCUCGAAUCUGGCGGCGUGCUGUCGCUCGACGGCCGGCCGGGCGACGAGCAGCGCUUCCACACCGUCGUCGAGUCGUCGUCCGGCUCGACGGUCACCUCGAUGGCCAUGAUCGCGCGCCAGCACGGCGUGGCCAAGGUGCGCGCCUACAUGAGCAACAAGGUCAGCCCCACAAAGUCCAAGUUGAUGCGCUUCUUUGGCCUCGAGCUCGCCCUCUUUGGCGGGCCCUCGCAGAGCCCGCCGCAGGAUCCCAAGGGCGGCAUCGCAAAGGCCGCCCGCGACGGCGCCGAGGACGGAGUCUACAACCCGAACCAGUACGAGAACUUUGCCAACCCGGCCGCCCACGAGCGCUGGACGGGCAAGCAGAUCCUCGAGCAGCUGCCGGAGAUCAACGUCUUUGCCGCCGGCAUGGGCACCGGCGGCACCAUCACGGGCACGGGCAAGUGCCUCAAGUCGUCGCGGCCCGACAUGCACGUCAUUGGCGUCUGCGUGGCGCCCGGCGACAAGGUGCCCGGCCCGCGGCCAAAGGAGCUCCUCGAGCCCGUCGACUUUGAGUGGAAGGACGUCGUCGACUCGGUCGAGGACGUGACCAGCAAGACGUCGUACACCCUCUCGAUGGAGAUGUGCCGGUGGGGCAUCGUCAGCGGGCCCAGCUCCGGCUUCUCGCUGCAGGGCCUCUACCAGGUGCUGGAGCGCAAGAAGCGCGACGGCACGCUCCACACGCUCCGCCAGCAGAAUGACGGCAAGCCCAUCGAGUGCGCCUUCCUCUGCUGCGACCUGCCGUUCCAGUACGUCGACGAGUACUUUGACAAGUGCGACCCGGCCUCGUUCCGCCCGAUUGUCAACGAGCACCUCUUCAAGGUGGACCAGUACAGCUACUCGUCGACCUGGAUCCUCGACUUUUCCGCCGCCAUGACGAUGCUCGUCUACCCGCGCUUCCCGCUCGGCGCCGACGCCAGCGCCGCCGACCUGCCUUCGCCCUCGUCGAUGCCCUCGUCGCCCUCGUCGUCGCUCGGCGGCGCCGGACCCCUGUCGCCCGGCCUGCUCCGUCCCGCCAUCCUCGACCUGCGAAGCCGCAAGGACUUUGCCGCAGAGCACCUCGACCGCUCCUGCCACGUGCCCCUCUCGAGCCUGCGCGAGGACGACCCGAGCCCCUACGACGACGCCGCGCUGCUCGCCACGCAGUGGACCGAGCUCAACGCACGCUUCAUCACCAACGCCAAGGACGUCGAGCACCGGUGCCCGCAGAACGGCGUCGCCGAGCUCGCCAAGCUGCCCAUCGAGGAGGUCAUCGCCUGCCUCCGCACCAACGGCCGCGAGGCCCUGGUCGUCGACUACGACGGCGAGACGGCCAAGCUCGCCUGCAGCGUCCUCCGAAAGGCCGGCGUCAAGGCCUUUAGCGUCGAGGGCGGGUUCAAGGCGCUCAAGGACAACGGCUGCCCCCUCGUCCUCGGAUCGCCCUGA